CGCUCGCGUCCGGGUCCGGCUACCCCGCGCACCAGCACCAGUAGACUCCACUACUCCCGCCGCCGCCCCAGCCACACACUGGCUGGCACUGGCAGCAGGUGCAGCCGUGCGAGCGCUCCUACUCCAACAAUCCCCUUCUCCUCUCGCGGCCCGGGCCGGCACGGGUCGCAUUCCUUCCCGUCCGACCGAGCAAGCAGGCGCAGGCGCAGGCCUCCCAAUUCCCCUCCCCACCCCCACCAGCCACCAAAAAAAGCGAGCAGCGCACCACUAGCUCGCCGAGCACCGUACGAGUACGAUACGAGUGCGCAGCGAGGAAGCACGCGCGGGACCGGCCGCGAUGUCGACGUCGCCGCCGCCGGCCACUUCCCCGCCCGGCGCGCCGCCCAACGGUACGGCCUCGCCCACUGCCGCGCCGCCGCCGCCGCUGCCGCCAGCACCGUCCAACUCCUCCUCCCCGACGCCCGCGACGCCGACAGGCGCUCCCCCCACCGCUCCCGCGCCGCCCUCCACCGACUCUCCGGCGCCGCCAGGGACGCCGCCCGCCCCAGUGUCCCCGAACGCGGCCGCGCUCCCCGCGCCCGGAAGGGCGACGCCGGCCUCGGCCUCGCCGCCGACGCCCUCCUCCUCUGGGUCGGGGCUUACCACGUCCGUCGUUGUGGGGAUCGCGGUCGGCGGCUUCGCCGUGCUGCUCCUCGGCUGCCUGUUCUGCCUCUGCCUCUUCAGGAGCAACAAGAGGAGCCGGAGGCGGCACCGCCACCACCCGCCACCGCCGCCGCCGCCCCACCUCUUGCACUACUACGGCCACCCGCCGCCGCCGCCGCCGCCUCCGCACAAAGGGGAUCAGCACCAAAGCUGGCAGCAUAACGCCCCUCCACCACCCCCUGAUCAUGUUAUCAAGAUCAAUUCACAUCCUACCCUUCCGCCGCCUCCGCAUAACGUACAUAGCAGUGGUUCCGCUUCGAACCACUCGGGUGGUGAGAGCCGCCCUGCGCUGUCGCCUGGCACUGCCCUUAGCUUUUCAAGGAGCACAUUCACUUACGAGCAGCUGAUGACAGCAACGAAUGGGUUUUCUGACGCUAAUCUGCUGGGGCAAGGAGGUUUUGGGUUUGUUCACAAAGGAGUGCUACCAGAUGGCACAGAGGUUGCCGUUAAGCAGUUAAGAGAUGGCAGUGGCCAGGGAGAGCGCGAGUUCCAGGCUGAAGUUGAGAUUAUCAGCAGAGUACAUCACAAGCAUCUUGUAUCCUUGGUUGGCUAUUGCAUUUCUGGAGCCCACAGGUUGCUCGUCUACGAGUUUGUUCCAAACAAUACAUUGGAAUUCCACUUACAUGGAAGAGGCAGACCAACCUUGGAUUGGCCAACAAGACUAAAAAUUGCUUUGGGUUCUGCGAAGGGAUUGGCAUAUCUUCAUGAAGAUUGUCAUCCUAAGAUUAUUCAUCGUGACAUAAAGGCCUCAAAUAUUCUUCUCGAUCUAAGAUUUGAAGCUAAGGUGGCAGAUUUUGGACUUGCAAAAUUCACUUCUGAUGCAAACACCCACGUUUCAACCAGAGUGAUGGGCACAUUUGGGUAUCUAGCACCUGAGUAUGCUGCUUCUGGCAAGCUCACUGAGAAAUCAGAUGUCUUCUCUUUUGGAGUAAUGCUUCUUGAGCUAAUAACUGGGCGGCGCCCUGUAAAUUCAAGACAAGCGGACGACAACCUGGUUGACUGGGCAAGGCCUCUGAUGAUAAAAGCAUUUGAGGAUGGUAAUCAUGAUGCUCUAGUGGACCCCCGGCUGGGAAGUGAGUACAAUGAUAAUGAGAUGGCGAGGAUGAUAGCCUGCGCAGCUGCAUGCGUCCGGCAUUCUUCACGGCGGCGGCCACGGAUGGGUCAGGUCGUCCGGGCGCUGGAAGGCGACGUAUCUCUGGACGACCUGAACGAGGGCGUGCGGCCCGGGCACAGCCGGUUCGUGGGGUCGUACGGCAGUUCGACGUCCGACUACGACACCAGCCAGUACAAGGAGGACCUGAAGAAGUUCCGGAAGAUGGCGCUGGGCGGCAGCGGGCUCCAGAGCAGCAGCGCGCAGACGCCGACGAGCGAGCACGGGGAGAACCCGUCGGUGUCGGUGUCGAGCAGCGACGGCGACGGCGGCGGAGGAACCGGCGAGGAGCGUGAAGACAGACGGCAGGCAGCGUCGUGAGGCGUGAGGCGUGCCCAGCCUACGGCCCCCGCGCAUGCAUCUGUAGAUCCUAGUCCUCUCGACAUCGCUACGUACAUGUCUAAUUGAUAGCUGACCUGUGGCCGGGAGGCGGGACUACUGAGAGAUUCAUGAUUGCUUUCUUUUCUUUUGUGUGUGUGAUUCUCUUGGUGGGUACACUGGUCUCAUGCAUGCGAUCUCUGUAUAAAUUCACCGACUCUUUAGGAACUGAUUACUAUUGGCUAUUCGUAUAUUAUGAGUAUACUCAGUGUUGCAC